AUGAAUAACAAGAGACAAAAACUGGAGAUUAGAAGGUCGACAAAAAGUCUUUCCAUGACGGGAGACAUCGAAGGUUUAGGUUCUGAAACUCAUGGUAGAAACAAUGAUGGUGAGAAUGAAGAAGAGAAUUGUGACAUGGUUGAAGAAGGUGCAUCACAACUAGAAGAAUUGUUUGGAGAUAUUGCACAAGAUGAUGUAAGUGAUGAUGAUAACAAUGGUGUUUUAUUGGAGGAUGAUAUAAUUCCUCAUGUUUCUGAUUCAUCGGAGGAUGAGUACGAAGACAAUGAGGACAUGACAGAGUAUGAUGUGAAGCUGUAUAAGUCAACGACUAAGAAGCUUGGAGCAAUUUGUUCAUCAAAAGAGUGUCCAUGGAGGGUUUAUUGUUCGUUUGAGAAGUCAAGAAACAAGCUGAUGAUUAAGGUUUAUACAGCUGAACAUGUUUGCAAUAAAUCAGGUUACUCAAAGAUGUUAAAAGUUCCUGUAAUUACCGAGCUGUUUGAGGAACCUCUUAGACUGAAUCCAAAACUUUCACCAAAGGAGAUGAUGGAGUCUAUAAAGGCAGACUACAAUCUGAAUGUUACACUGUUUCAGUGUGAACAUGCAAAGAAAAAAGUGGUGGAACAAAGAAGGAAGAUGCAUGGAACACAAUUUGGUAGACUCUGGGAUUAUGAGAAAGAAAUCCUUGUAUCAAAUCCAGGGUCCACAAUGGACAUUGAGACACUUCCAGGUCCAACACAAGUAGAACACAAGUUUUACAGAGUUUAUAUAUGCUUUGAAGCGCUCAGAGAAGCAUGGAAACAGACAUGCCGCCGAAUAAUUGGACUAGAUGGUGCUUUUCUAAAGUGGGAUAUAAAAGGUGAGUUGUUGGCUGCGGUUGGAAGAGAUGCAGAUAAUAGGAUUUUCCCUAUCGCAUGGGCUAUAGUUGACAUUGAAAACAAUGAUAACUGGGAAUGGUUCAUCAAACAUAUCCAAACUGAUUUGGAUCUUGGACAAGGAGACAACAUGACAAUAAUAUCUGAUAAGCAAAAGGGUUUGGUAAAUGCUGUGCAUAAUGAGCUUCCACAAGCUGAGCAUCGAAUGUGUGCUAGACAUAUCCUUGCAAAGUGGAGAAAAACUAACAAAGAUAAAGAGUUGGAGCCUAUGUUUUGGAAAAUAGCACGAAGCUAUACUAUAGGAGACUUUGACGACAACCUUGAAGCAUUAAAAACCUAUAAUUCAGGUGCGUAUGAUUCCCUACAACGCACUGCACCUACUACAUGGUCUCGGGCUUUCUUUAGGGAAGAUUCUUGUACUAUUGACAACUCGAACAACUUGUCUGAAUCUUUCAACAAAACCAUUAGAGAAGCUCGACGAAAACCAUUGCUUGAGAUGUUAGAGGACAUUAGAAGACAAACUAUGGUACGUAACGCUAAACGGUCUACUGCUGGAAAUAGAUGGAAGGGGAAAUUUACAAAAAAAGCACAAGCUGAGAUUGAAAAGAGUCGAGCUGAUUCAAAAGAUUUAAUUCUGUAUCAAACCACAGGUGAUGAAUAUGAAGUUGAUGAUCACGGGACUGGAUAUCGUGUCGACGUACAUUUGAAAACGUGUGGUUGUCGAAAGUGGCAGCUGAAAGGGAUCCCUUGUAAUCAUGCUAUGUGUGUUAUCAUAGGGAAAAAACUAAACCUUGAUGACUAUGUAUCAGAGUAUUUUACUACUCAUAAAUGGCAGCAGACAUAUGCUCGGGGAAUGAGAGUUGUACAAGGAAUGAAGUUGUGGCCACGUUUAAACAGACUCCCUAUUAUACCACCAGACCCAAGACCAAAACGAGGAAGAAAAAAGAAUAAUAACCGACGUAAAGAACCUCACGAAGAUACAUCAAAAAAGGGAAGAAUGACAGGUGAUGGUAGGACAAUGACAUGUUCACAUUGUAAGCAAGAGGGACACAACAAAACGACGUGUUCUAAUCCUCCUAUGGUGGCAAAAAAACGUCCUCGAGGUCGACCAAAAAAGAAUCUACAACAGGCCGAAGAGAUGUUGCAGAGAUAUGGAUAG